AUGAAUAAAGACACACAAAUGCUCUCAAUUGCCCAUCAAAGCAAAAAGCAGGAGCUUGCUUAUUUGCAGCACAUUACUAAAUUGACAGAUAGGCUAAAACUACAACUUGAUAAGCUUUCUGAACAGAUUAAACAAAUGCACGAUAACGCUGAAUGUGUGUCUGAAAUAAUGAAGAAUUGGGAUUCGAUAAUUAAAUCAAUUUCACAGGCAUCUUUAUCUCUUUUACAAUAUACGGAGAAUGACUAUGAAUUCGGUAGCUGGGAUACAACAAAUAGAGAUAAUUCGGAGAACGAACCUCCUCUACCUGAAACCUUAGUAAGAGUAAAAGUCACGAAUGAUGAUCAACAAUAG